GUUACAUUGUUAUCAAAAAGAGCAAUACGAUGAUAUUACAUCGAUAUUUUCUUCGAAAUUCUUCCCAGUUGUUACUUCCAAGAUUUGUUCAUACUUUAGACUAUUCAAAAGUUCCUCAACUACUUGAUAAGGAUAUAGAAGAAAUGCAUGUUAGAGGUAGUGGUCCCGGAGGACAAAAAAUUAACAAAACGGCUAAUUGUGUUGUUUUAAAACAUCUUCCAACAGGGAUUGUUGUUAAAUGCCAGGAAACUCGAGAGUUGUAUAAAAAUAGAGAAAUAGCACAUUCACUUUUACAAAGCAAAGUAGACAAUUUUAUUAAUAAAGAACAUAGUAUUGAAAGCCAAUUAAAAUCAAUUCAAGAAAAAAAAAGUAAUACCAGAGAACAGAAAAGGGAAAAGAUCAGAGCAUUGAAAGAAUCUUGGAAAAAUCGUGAAUUUGGUACUAAGAAUUGAUUAUAAAAAAUGGACAUAGUAUUAUAAAUAUAUAUAGAACAA